AUGGGCGACAGACCACCAGGAAACUGGCGAAUGCCGAGGCAUAUGCCGAGGCCAAUGCCACCACAGCAGAACCCUCAAGCGACCAACGUCAGCCAUCUGACAGAGAUGAGCCUGGCCAUUGCUACGCAAAACCGACAAAGUGCCGAGAUCAUUGAACGCUUUUGUGCCAACAUGACCAACGAGUCACGACUAUUCAAUCGACGCGACAGUCGUCCCGAGUACAAUAACGACUAUGUCGAGCUUGCUACGACCCAAACGACCCCUACGGGACAAAGAGCAACGACUAGGCCCCCUACGAGGGCGGAGUCCGACUUCAGCGCAAACAAUCCAUACGGGGUAGAGAACAUCAUCGAAGUCCCUGUUCAGGACAACCAAGCCCCUUACCAAGGCAACAAUCAGACCCUCUACGAGGGCGGAGGCAACAACCAGUUCAGUCAUGGAGACCAUGCGGAAGGAAGCAACAACCAGACCCCCUACGGGGGCGGGGGCAGCAGCGAGACUAUAGCCCAAGCAGAGACAAGCAACCAAGGGAAAGAGCUGUUACCAAACAUGAGAGAAAGAGAAAGAGAUUCUCAAGACUCGCAGCCCCGCAACGACCGCAGUCGCUCGCCGCCACCGCAGCGAGAGAGAGAAUGCCAUCGCCCACGCGCGAUGAUACAGCCAAAGAAGCGACGAGGGUAA